CAGAUGUGAUUUCUCUCGUAUGUUGGUUUUUUUAUUUGUCGAUUUUCAAUUUCGCUAUAGGAAAUAAAAUGUUUCGAAAGAACCAAUAUAAAAUCAAAUCUCGACAAGAGACGUAAUUGAAAGAAAAAGAAAAAAGACAUACGAGAGAGAAAAAAAGAGAAAGGUGCAUCGUAAAGUAAAAUAAAGUCCAUGGUAGUACCAACAUGUUUACACACCACGAUGUCGAGACAUCGUGGCGUACUAUAAAUAAACGAAUACAUAGGCGUCGCCAAUACCGCCGCCAAUGGAGUGUAUCCGCAAUUAUUGCGUCAGCUUGUGUGAAACGAGACGCCAGUGAUUGGCCAGUUUCAAAGAGCGGGAAAUCCCCGUUGAAACCUGCUCUUCCGCGCUAUCCGUUCCUGUGGUACUCCCGUUGACGUCUUUACCAUCACCACAUCGCGACCUAGCGACGCCGUCUUCGUCAGAGAUUGAGAGACACUUCGGCGACGAUCAGUAUCGCGUUGUGCGACAUCGCCGUAACAUCACGUUGUGGUGUUUUUGAUCGUUGUGUAUUUGUUCUCUGUUUUCGACAGACAGUGAUGCGAUUUAUUCACAACGUGCUAUGAUAUACAUUUAUUGUUUAGUUUUGCGUAAAGUGCAAUAAUUUAUCAUAGAAAAUAUAUUAUUGAAAAACAGACUUUAAAGUUAUAAUUUAGUUUGACAAUCGAGUAAUCUCGAAUAUGGAUCUGUUCGAUAAUUACAAUAAAACAUUAGAGGAGGUAUACCCUUCGCUUUUUUAUCCAAACGAAGACGAUGAUCAUUCUGUACUGGAUAUGGACACUCUGGUCACAUUAAAAACUAAUGCUACACGUAAUUAUGAACCUGUCCGAAAAAAAUUUUAUUUUGGUGAUGAAAACAAUGAAAUCGAUGGUACUGGCUGGUUAUACAAACCUACUAAAAACUGGUGUCAAGAGGAAACAAUAAAUUGGUUGAUGACUGCAGCAUCUACAAUUGGACAACCAUAUAGUCUAAUUCAACAUAGUCUUGCGGUACCAGGAAACGAAUUGAUCACCUUCACCAAAGACGAUUUUAAGGCUCACGAUCCCACAUACGGAGAUAAGCUCUAUGACUUACUCCCUCCUCAGCAUAUGUUUUCACCACUUGAUACCAUUCAUCCUCAUUUCGAAGACGAAUAUACGCGAAUUAAUUCCAGCAGUACGUCAGAUGCAGAAUCAGAUAAUAAUAGUAUUGAUGUUUCCACUACUAAACGAUCGCCGGGUAGACCAAGAAUAUUAAAACCAAAAAAAAAUUCUACCAGCCAAGGAAAGCUUUGGGAAUUCAUUAGAGACCUAUUACGUAAUCGCGAAACAUGUCCAAGUUUAAUCUGUUGGGAAGAUUACUCUCAGGCAAAAUUUCGAUUCGUUAAAAGUGACGAAGUCGCAAAACGAUGGGGUUCAAGAAAAGGAAAUACAAAAAUGACAUAUGAAAAAUUGAGCCGAGCAAUGAGGUAUUAUUAUAAAAGUAAAAUCUUUCAACCUGUACUUGGUAAAAGAUUAGUUUAUCAAUUUGGACCAAAUGCAAAAGGUUGGCAAACUGACAAUCCGAACUUUCGGCGUUAAAAAUUUAGGAUUUUAUUUUUUGUAAAAAAUGUACAAAAAGUAAGAGUAAUUUUUAUGUUCUAUUACGAAUGUUGUACACGAGAUAUAUUAUAAAAUUUUUAAAAAGGAUAAUUUUUUUUGUAUAGAUCUGUAAAUGUAUUUUUGAUACCAGAUAAGAAAUUGAAGUAUUUUGAUAGUGAAAUGAAAUGAUUUGAAAUGAAGCGUUUAAACGUUUAAAAUAUCGAUAAUUAUAAAAGACUAAGAAAAAAUGGAUCUAGUAUUAUAGAUAAUAUACACUGACUAGAUUUAAAUAAUCUAAAGAAAAGUAUGAAUGAAUAAAAAUGUCGAGAUUUUUCACAUUUUUAUACGUACGAUUGAUUAUGAAAAUACGUGAUAGGUGAAAUGUGAGUACGAAUUAAUUUAGUCUCAUAAGAUUGUUUUUCAAUUUAUUUGAUUUUAAGCAUAUAUCGUAAUAGUUUAUUUUACAUAAAAAGUAUACAUAUUAUAAUCAAGGAAGGCAAUAAUUCUCUGACUUAUGGUCAAAUAAAUUUACGAUUACUUAUUUUUAUAUAUCACAGAGUUGUGUAUUACAUACCUUAAUCUGGAAGCAUAAGUACUUUUUAAAUUGGACCUGGAUUAUAAAUAAGAUGUAGGCCAAUUUCAAAAAAGGAAAUUAAAUUAAUAAUUCUUAAACAAUAGAGCAUCAUAUUAAAUUUUUUUCCUAAAAUAAUUUUAAAGGAAUUCGAGAAAAAGUAAUUAUAUUAUUUUCUUUAUGAAUUAUGAAUUAAGACAAAAAAACGAAUUUCAAUUUAUAUUAAUUAAUUUUCUAGUUUCGUUAAUCAUUAAUUAUUAGGUGUGGAUACUUAUUCUAUAGCACAUGCAAGAAAGCUGGCAAAUAUAUUUAUAUUUUUAAAAAAUUCUGGACGACUUGAUUAUUUAUUAAUAAUUAUUAAAUAUUAAACUUCAAGAUAUAAUACCGCGACGGAAGAAGAUAUGCCAGUAACAAGCAUGCAUUUUUUUUUAAUUCUUUAAAAUUAUUUAUAUACUAUUGGAUUAUAUCUAAUUUGAGCGAACUUGAAAUCGUUGUUUGUAUAAUAAAUAUAGUAAUAAGAACCACGAUUACAGUUAUUAACUUGAUCAUUUUUAAAUAUAUGCAUUUAAAGAAAUAUUACUCAAACGAAAUAUUUAUGCAACCAGGGGGUAUAUACUUAAUUAUUUCUGUUACUACUAUUUGAAAAUUAUUUUUAUAAUUUUAAUUGGAAAAGCUGACAUAUCACUUUUCUUGAAACUAAUAAAACGUUAAUUCUAUAAUCAAUUAUAUAUAACGUCAGCAAUUAUCAAAAAGGCACAAAUCGUAAAUAAUUUCUAUUUUAAAGUACGCAUUAGCGGCUGUGUUUGAUAUUCAUAUUGAUAUUGAUAAGAAUGUACUUAUGUAAGAUAACUUACAGAAACAAUCAAAUGUGAUCUUUGGUUUAUAUAUAUAAAAAAAAAAAUAUAAUAUAAUAAUAUUAAAAAUUCUACAAA